AUGGGAGUCGAGUUCGAGGCUUUCAAUGUCCCUGGCGCCCGAACUUAUUUCGGUAAUGCCUUGCCGUACGGCCUCCAGGUAAAACAGGACGGCGCUGACGGCGAGGUCCCGCCUGUUGCCAAGUCGGCUGCGGCUCUUCGCACCCUGGGAGAAUCGGGGAAGCUUCAAGAGCUUCUCGAUCGCCAUGGCGCGAUUUUGAUCCGCGGAGCGGGUCACCCGUCUGCGGACACAUUUGCCGAGCUUGUUAGCGCGGCCGAGAAAGGUCGUGGUUCACAACCUCAUGUACAAAUCGGUUUGGCUGGCAAGAGAACCGCGGUCGCCGAAAAUGUGUGGACUGCGAACGAAGGAUCACCAUUGACGCGAUUCUAUCAACAUAAUGAGUAUUCGAGAUAUACGCGAUUCCCGUCAAAUAUUCACUUCUACUGUGUUAAGAAAGCACCAAAAGGAGGCGCAACACCAAUCGCCAACAGCGCCAAUGUCUUUGAGAAGGUCCAAGCAGAGAUCCCUGAGCUCGUGGAACAGGUACACAAGCGAGGACUGGGGAUGAAGAUGGUAUUCCGAGCUCCUGGGAAUGAGGCCAAAGUCAACUCUUUCAAUUGGGCGGGCGAGCACAGCUUCGGCCGGGAACUUCGUCCGGGUGAUGACGACGCCACUGUCAAACAAAAGGUGGAGACGCAGGUUCGCAAACUUACGGAUGAUUUCAAGUGGCAGGAUGACGGAAGUCUUGAGCUUACACAGCAUAUUCCCGGCAUUAGAAGGCUGCCGGCCAGCGGAAGACCCGUCUGGUUCAACGGGUUGGUGGGAAGACACGGCAUCACUCGAGAUAUUGGUGCACUGGACCCACCCCAUAUUGGCCGAGAUGGAAUGACUUAUCUCCCUUGCGUAUACGGAGAUGAGACGCCUAUUCCGCGGGAGUAUCUAGACAAGUUGAUUGAUGUCAUUGAUAAAGAAGAAAUCAGCUUGGUCCUUGAAGAAGGAGAUCUAUUGCUGGUUGACAACUUCCAGGUAUCUCACGGAAGAGAGCCUUGGGAAGGCGACAGACAGAUUCUCGUCUCUAUGUGGGACACAUCUAUUCCAGUUGCCGCAUACUAA